CCACAGGACAGCAAGCGAGCCGGGCAGGGCAGGAGGGAAGAAAAACACCCAAUCCUAACAUAUUCAGGGUGAAACAUGAAAUGAUAGUUCAUAUCAUUCAGCUGGCACCACUGCCACACUUCCAGGACGGAUUCUUUUAGCUUGACACAGUUUAUUUACUUCCUCAUCUCCAAGAUGAUGUCAGGUGAGAGAAAGAGUGAUAUGGAGCGUCUGGGCAUCUUUAAAGAGAUGAGCUACGUCUCUGUGGGUGACAAGUACGCUCCAUCCACCACCCGCCCUUUCAAUGAGUCAGCCUGUCGUGGCCGGCAGAUGCAAGCCGGAAUAGCUAAACAAAGAUGUGCUCUGCAGAGCGGAUUUUUCGAAAAGUCCUUCAAACGGAUAUUUGAGCGUGAGGCACUGAGUGAUCCGUUGAGACUGGCUCGACAGAACCGCAUCCAGCAGGCCAAGAAGAACCUGAGCAAGGCCUUCCUGCCUUCCAACGGAGUCAAGAAACUCUGUGGCUCAGGUAGUUGCUAUGGGACUCUGUCAGGACCAGUUGAAGCUAUGAGUCCGCUGUCAGUUGCUCGGAAAGCUCAUCGCUCACCAGGACGCAAUGUUGUCACCUCGCCACCCAAGAAAGGGAGUGGUUACAGCUAUCCCAAUGUGACCCUGUCCAAAACUGAGCUGUAUGCCUCAGACCCCUACGACAGAGCCAGAGAGGCACUGAAGAAGGAGGAAACAAUCCAUCGGUCCAAGUUCAAAAAUGGCCCCUUCAAGAUCAACCUUCACCCCAGAGAUUAUUUCCAAAGCAAUCCAUAUCGCAGUGACAAGCCCCUCCCACCAGCACACAAGCCCCUCCCACCUGGACGGAAAGUCUCUCCGGUUCCCUUCAAACCUGCAUCCCCGAGCAAAAAGAUGGGAGGAAUGAAAGCAGGGACAUUUGACAUUUACCCUUCACAUUCUGCUGAUCCAUACAUCAUUCGCCGUUCCAAGCCAACCAAUCAGGAUCCAAUCUUCCGUCCUGUCCCUGGUCCUAAGAGCACACCUGUGAAGAGCAUCAUCACAGUCAAUGUUGAAAGGAGCGUGCACUCUGCAAACUACGCCUCAGCCAUUCCAAAUGUGAUGGUCUUCUGACUACAUUACCCAUACUGCACCAGAGCCGGUUGACUUUUUACCUGCUGUGUACCGUAGAAGUUAUUUUGCUGCAUCUGUUUCACUAUCACCUGUAAUGAGAUCGAGACCUACCUACCUACCUUUUUUCUCUGGAUGAUAGAUUUACUUUUCUGCGCUGGUACUGCAGAUCAGGCUUCAAAAUAAAUGAAAUCUUAUAUUAAUUAAAUUUUGAAAAUCAGUGCAAACAACGGAA